AUGAACGAGGAGUGCUCUAUGUACAUUCAACAUAACUGGGAAGAUUGCAUCAGGUAAAUUUAUUUAUUUUUAAUAACGUUUUAAUAGAAAAAACAAAAUUAUUUGUAUUUUUUUUCUAUAUAUAUAUUUAUUUAGGUUAAUUGGUGACCCAAUUUGGAUAUCUGUCAAGCAGAGAAGUAAACUAUUAUAUUAUAAUAUUCCUAAUAAUCAUAUUUUAUACUAAAGAUUAAUACUAUUUCAUGUGUUUAAUAUGACAUCAUCUGUAAAUAGUUAUAAUCAAUAAUUUACGACAAGAUUGAUUAUUAUUGGAAUUCUUUAGAUGAGCCCAGUAUACAUGGACAUUUGCAAUGCAAAUCACUUAAACUCAAUGGAAUACCAGUUUUAAAUGGUACUAAUGGAUUUGAGGUAGAAUCAGUAUCUGCACAUGCCAUACAAGUAAAACAUUCUUCCUGUGCUUCAGUUACACUGUUAUCUCCAUACAGGAUUUUCAAAGAUGUACAUAAUGCAAGUGUAAGUACAAUGUAUUUAACCUUUUUGUGAUAGAUUAUGCAAUUUAAAACCAUUCUAUAUAGGUUACAUCAUUGGAUGUAUUUGGGGGCCAAUGUGUAUCUGCAUCAGAUAGUAUGAUAAAGUCUUGGAGUAGUUUGGAUUAUGAAAAGGAAAGAGAAGUAAGUGAAAUAAAAAAUGUCCAUUUUGAAUUAUAAAUUAUAAAUUAUUUAAAUAUCUAUCAUUAUUAUCUAUUAUUUUUUUAUAGGUCACAAUGAGUGGACAUUAUGGUGAUAUAUAUUGCUGUCGUUGGUUUCCUAGUGGAAAGGUUGUGUUGAGCUGUGGUACAGAUUUACGAAUCAAAAUUUGGAGUUCUGAUUCUGGAGAAUGUGCAUCAACACUAGUAGGGCAUACCCAAACCGUUACUGAUUUAGCAAUCAUUGACAAAGGGCGCAAUAUCAUAUCUGUGUCCAAGUAUGUUUAGUAUAAAUAUGAUUUAUAUUAUAAUAAUGAUUUGACACAAAAAGAUAAUUAUAGUAAUAACAAAAUAGUUCUUCUUAAUUUUUGUAUCUGAAUAAUAGGGAUGGAACUGCUAAACUAUGGCAUGUUGGAAGUGGAAAAGUAAUUGAUAAUAUCAUCAAUGUUAAUCCCACAACGUAUAUAAAUUGUUGUUCAAUCAGUUCACCAAAGAAUAUAAAUCUCAGAGAACGUAACACACCUGUAUGUAAGUAACAUAAAUCAUGGUUAUAUUUCUAUUUAUAUUAAAUACAUUUCUAUAUAAAUAAAAACCAACAAAUUAUUAAUUGUAAAAUACUGUCUAUGGUUUAAGCUUAUCAUUUUUUUAUCAUUAAUAUUAACUCACAUGUUUAAUAAUUCUUUGAUUUUAGAAAGUUUAUAGAUAAUUUAUGUAAUGAGCUGGUUAAAUUUAUAAAUUAGUUCUUAUCAAAAGUAGUUAUAAUAAUAAUUUCAUUUUAAGUUAUUAUUAAAAAAUGCACAGUUGAUAGUUGAUUCACAAUGAUAAAUAAAUGUAUUAUUGUAUUUUAAAAUUUCAUAUGACUUAAUUUCUCCAAAAAUAAAUACAAUUGUUAUUAUAAAACUAUAUUUUGAAAAGAAUUUAAAUUUUUUAAUUUAUGUGUUUGAUUAUUAUUGUAGUCGAGACAGAAAUUGGAACAGACGAUAAGUGCCUAUUAAUUGGUUGUCAAAAUGGAACCAUCUCUUUGAUUGGAGUGUAUUCACGAAAAAUUCUGGCUACUAAUAACUUAGAUGUUUCUGUAAAUGCUUGUCAUGUGGAUAACAAUGCGCAAUCAUAUGUUGGCUGUGGUGAUGGACGUGUUAUGUGGUUGGACGAACACUUGGCCAUUAAACACUGCAUAUUCGAUACAAAUUCUCCAGUUCAGUGUCUUUGCCUUUUUAAAGAACUAGUUGUUUGUGGGCAUGUUGAUGGAUCGUGUGUGGUACGAUCAGUUAACGGAAGAAAAGCAUAUUUGACUGGACACAAUGUGGAGCCAGUCUAUGAUGUGUGUACAGAUUCCACACGGUUUUUGUACACUGCAUGUAGAGAUGGUAUGAUCAGAAAAUAUUUGCCUGAACUGUUGCCAAAUUGA